CGGCCCGGGCCCCCGCCGCAACCGUGGGCCCCUUCACUGGACCUGCCGCAAACCCAGUGGCUACCUCGCCAGCCCCAGACGCCAGAACAGAACUGAGACGCCACAACCAUGACGACACACGUCACCCUGGAAGAUGCCCUGUCCAAUGUGGACCUCUUGGAGGAGCUGCCUCUCCCCGACCAGCAGCCAUGCAUCGAACCUCCACCAUCUUCUAUCAUGUACCAAGCCAACUUUGACACAAACUUUGAGGACCGGAAUGCCUUUGUGACAGGCAUUGCAAGGUACAUUGAGCAGGCCACAGUGCACUCCAGCAUGAAUGAAAUGUUGGAAGAAGGGCAUGAAUAUGCAGUCAUGCUUUACACCUGGAGAAGCUGCUCACGGGCCAUCCCCCAGGUAAAAUGUAAUGAGCAGCCGAAUCGUGUAGAGAUCUAUGAGAAGACGGUGGAGGUACUGGAGCCAGAGGUCACCAAACUGAUGAAAUUCAUGUACUUUCAGCGCAAGGCCAUUGAGCGGUUCUGCAGUGAGGUGAAGAGACUGUGCCACACAGAGCGGAGGAAGGACUUUGUCUCUGAGGCCUACCUCCUGACCCUGGGCAAGUUCAUCAACAUGUUCGCCGUCCUCGAUGAGCUGAAGAACAUGAAGUGCAGCGUUAAGAAUGACCACUCUGCCUACAAGAGAGCAGCCCAGUUCCUGAGGAAGAUGGCUGAUCCCCAGUCUAUCCAGGAGUCUCAGAACCUUUCCAUGUUCCUGGCAAACCAUAACAGGAUCACACAGUGUCUCCAUCAGCAAUUGGAGGUGAUCCCAGGCUAUGAGGAGCUGCUGGCUGACAUUGUCAACAUCUGUGUGGAUUACUAUGAGAAUAAGAUGUAUCUGACCCCCAGUGAGAAACAUAUGCUCCUUAAGGUCAUGGGCUUUGGCCUCUACUUGAUGGAUGGAAACGUCAGUAACAUUUACAAACUGGAUGCCAAGAAGAGAAUCAACCUCAGCAAAAUAGAUAAGUUCUUUAAGCAGCUGCAGGUGGUCCCCUUAUUCGGCGAUAUGCAGAUAGAACUGGCCAGAUACAUUAAGACCAGUGCUCACUAUGAGGAGAACAAAUCCAAGUGGACAUGCACACAGAGCAGCAUCAGCCCCCAGUACAACAUCUGUGAACAGAUGGUCCAGAUCCGGGAUGACCACAUCCGCUUCAUCUCCGAGCUCGCUCGCUAUAGCAACAGUGAGGUGGUGACUGGUUCUGGAUUAGACAGCCAGAAGUCAGAUGAAGAGUACAGGGAGCUCUUUGAUCUGGCUUUACGGGGGCUUCAGCUGCUCUCCAAGUGGAGUGCCCAUGUCAUGGAGGUGUACUCCUGGAAGCUGGUCCAUCCUACGGACAAGUUCUGCAACAAGGACUGCCCCGGCACAGCGGAAGAGUAUGAGAGAGCCACCCGCUACAACUACACUAGUGAGGAGAAGUUUGCCUUUGUGGAGGUGAUUGCUAUGAUCAAAGGUCUACAGGUGCUCAUGGGCAGAAUGGAGAGUGUCUUUAACCAGGCCAUCAGGAACACUAUCUAUGCUGCCCUGCAGGACUUUGCCCAGGUGACCCUGAGAGAGCCCCUGAGGCAGGCUGUGAGGAAGAAGAAGAAUGUCCUCAUCAGUGUCCUACAGGCUAUUCGGAAAACAAUCUGCGACUGGGAGGGAGGUCGAGAACCACCCAAUGACCCUUGCCUGAGAGGGGAAAAGGACCCGAAGGGUGGCUUUGACAUCAAGGUUCCACGGCGAGCUGUUGGGCCCUCUAGCACUCAGCUAUACAUGGUGAGGACCAUGCUGGAGUCCCUCAUCGCAGACAAAAGUGGCUCCAAGAAGACCUUGAGGAGUAGCCUUGAUGGACCAAUUGUUCUUGCCAUUGAGGAAUUCCACAAGCAAUCCUUCUUCUUUACUCAUCUGCUCAACAUCAGUGAAGCCCUGCAGCAGUGCUGUGACCUCUCCCAGCUUUGGUUCCGAGAAUUCUUCCUGGAAUUAACAAUGGGCCGCCGAAUCCAGUUUCCUAUCGAGAUGUCCAUGCCCUGGAUUUUAACAGACCAUAUCCUGGAAACCAAAGAACCUUCCAUGAUGGAGUAUGUGCUGUAUCCUUUGGAUCUCUACAAUGACAGUGCAUAUUAUGCCUUGACGAAGUUCAAAAAGCAGUUCCUGUAUGAUGAGAUUGAAGCCGAGGUCAAUCUAUGUUUCGAUCAGUUUGUGUAUAAAUUAGCGGAUCAGAUCUUUGCCUACUACAAAGCGAUGGCUGGCAGUGUACUAUUGGAUAAACGUUUUAGAGCAGAAUGCAAGAAUUAUGGAGUCAUUAUUCCAUAUCCACCAUCUAACCGCUAUGAAACGCUACUGAAACAGAGACAUGUUCAGCUGCUUGGUAGGUCAAUCGACCUAAACAGGCUCAUUACCCAGCGCAUCUCUGCUGCAAUGUAUAAAUCCUUAGACCAAGCCAUCAGCCGCUUUGAGAGUGAGGACCUCACCUCUAUUGUGGAGCUCGAAUGGCUUUUGGAGAUCAACCGUCUAACCCAUAGGCUACUGUGUAAGCACAUGACCCUGGACAGCUUUGAUGCCAUGUUCCGGGAAGCCAAUCACAAUGUUUCCGCCCCUUAUGGCCGCAUCACCCUCCAUGUGUUCUGGGAGCUGAACUUUGACUUCCUCCCUAACUACUGCUACAAUGGAUCCACUAACCGCUUCGUCCGAACAGCCAUUCCCUUCACCCAGGAACCACAGAGGGACAAACCUGCCAAUGUUCAGCCAUAUUACCUCUAUGGGUCCAAGCCCCUCAACAUUGCCUACAGCCACAUCUACAGCUCCUAUAGGAAUUUUGUGGGGCCACCUCAUUUCAAGACAAUCUGCAGGCUCCUGGGUUAUCAGGGCAUUGCUGUGGUGAUGGAAGAACUGCUCAAGAUUGUCAAGAGUUUGCUACAAGGAACAAUCCUCCAGUAUGUGAAGACCCUGAUAGAGGUGAUGCCCAAGAUAUGCAGGUUGCCACGGCAUGAAUAUGGCUCCCCAGGGAUCUUGGAGUUUUUCCAUCACCAGCUGAAGGACAUCAUUGAGUAUGCAGAACUCAAGACUGAUGUGUUCCAGAGCCUGAGGGAAGUGGGCAAUGCCAUUCUCUUCUGCCUCCUCAUAGAGCAAGCUCUGUCUCAGGAGGAAGUCUGUGAUUUACUCCAUGCUGCUCCAUUCCAGAACAUUUUGCCUCGAGUCUACAUUAAAGAAGGGGAACGCUUGGAAGUCCGUAUGAAGAGACUGGAAGCAAAGUACGCCCCUCUUCACCUCGUCCCUCUCAUAGAGCGGCUGGGAACCCCUCAGCAAAUUGCAAUUGCCCGGGAGGGAGAUCUGCUGACCAAGGAGCGGCUGUGUUGUGGGCUGUCCAUGUUUGAGGUCAUCCUGACACGUAUCCGGAGCUACCUCCAGGAUCCCAUAUGGAGAGGUCCACCCCCUACCAAUGGGGUCAUGCAUGUGGAUGAGUGUGUGGAGUUCCACCGUCUCUGGAGUGCCAUGCAGUUCGUGUACUGUAUCCCAGUGGGGACCAACGAAUUUACAGCUGAGCAGUGCUUUGGAGAUGGCUUGAACUGGGCCGGCUGCUCAGUCAUCGUCCUCCUCGGACAGCAGCGACGGUUUGAUUUAUUUGACUUCUGUUACCAUCUGCUGAAGGUACAGAGGCAGGAUGGGAAAGAUGAGAUCAUAAAAAAUGUGCCGCUGAAGAAGAUGGCCGACAGAAUCCGCAAAUAUCAGAUCCUAAACAACGAGGUCUUUGCUAUCUUGAACAAAUACAUGAAGUCAGUAGAGACGGACAGUACCACUGUGGAGCACGUACGCUGCUUCCAGCCGCCCAUCCACCAGUCCUUGGCUACCACUUGCUAAGUGUAGAGGUUCUCUAAUAAGAGCCUCUCAGGAGGUGGAGGGAAGGGACCACCUCCAGACUGUGUCAGGGCUGGCUCAGGAAACUGGCGACCUGUGGGCUGGACAUCAAACCAAACCAGAUACCCCAAGCACACCUCGACCCAAGCCAAGAGCUGGGCCUGUGCAUGCUCUUCCAUGACAUCUCCGUGGUUGGUUUCUCCCAUAGCUUAAAAAAGAAAAAAAAAAGACACACAAAAACAACAGUGUGUGCUUUUUCUUCCUUAUUUUCUUCUGUGUUGAUACUAAGAAUUCAUUGUUCGACACUUCAGCAUCCCUGCAGCCUCCAGCUCUCCCCAUCGCACGACUAUGGCUCUAUAUGCCCUAAGCUGUUCCUUAAGGCCUUCCAUCUUGUGCCCACCUCUGCAAACAUAGCCAUCUAUGACCUCGUGCUGAUAUCUGCCGGCUUCAAGUGGGGAGGAAGCUUCCAGUGCCCAUGGUUCUCUGGAGAAGCAAUACCUGGCAGAGCUUUGGAACCAAGGGCAGGUGGCUCCUGCCUGCCUGCCUUGAGGCACAGGUCUUGAUCAGGCCCCAGCUCUUCAGCAUAUCCCACAUCCUCACCUAGCCCAUUCUCCUCUUCAGUACCUGUCUCCUCCUGCUCCUCUGAACCACAUUGGACUCCAGGGACCUCAGCCCCAAGAGCACUCAAGGACUAAACAGAUGUCCUCCAAGGGCUAUUGGGCAAUGCCCACCCACAUGCAGUACAUGAGGUUUCUUGGCGGUAGUUUCCUGCUGGAGAUGGUGCUUGCUCUUGCUUUUUUCUGACUCUAAAAGAAAAUUAGUAAUCCUCCCCACCCCACCCAACUACUGCCCUCCAGGAGGGAAUUUAUAAUUUCGUUCAUGCCUACAGCACAUGGAAUAAUAUCAGGGUUAGGAAGAACAUCAAGGGAUCCAUAGUACUCCUGAAGCAUAUGUGACCUUCACAUCCCUAAAUUUAAAAAAAAGCCCUUUUAGCCUAGGGGCCUGUCUGGUCUUCUCCAUGGUUUGUUGCUAAGAUAGGAAACUGAGCUGCAGAUACUCAACAGCAGUCCAUUCCUGUAUCUUCCUGGGGGCCAGGUACAAAGGACAGCUCUGACCAAAGGAGGAAGCAUGGUACAGUCAAAAGAGCAAUGACUCCAUAGUCAGAUGUCCUGAGUUCAAAUCCAACUUCUGAUCCUUACUUACUACAUAUGUGACCUUCAGUAAAUCAUUUAAUCUUUGGG